AUGGACGUAACCAGCUCCGAAUUCCAAACCCUCUACGAGGCCAUGACAACCUUCGUGAACACCUGCAUGUCCGGCCACGACCCCUCCCACAACCCAGCACACGUCCACCGCGUCGCCAACCUUGCCAACACAAUCCUCCAAGCCGAACAAACCGCCAAUCCCACCAAACCCCUUUCCGCAGCCGUAGUCAAGCUCGCCGCUCUGCUCCACGACAUCGGCGAUAGGAAGUACCUACCCACCCUCGCCUCAACCACCUCCGAUGGCACAACAGAUAUCGAUCCCAAGACAAUGGUCCAAAUCGCCCUCCUAAACGCCGGCGCGCCCUCCGACCUAGCCACAAAAGUCCAAACAGUCGUCUCCCACGUCUCCUACACAACCGAAUGCAAGGACCCCGCUUUGAUCCGACGCCUCAUCGAACAAGACGGAUAUCCCGAGCUCGCAAUCGUGCAAGAUGCAGAUCGACUCGAUGCCAUCGGGGCGAUUGGGAUUGGGCGGACGUUUACGUUUCUCGGCGCACAGGGGAAGAAAUUUGCCAAGGAGGGAGAGUGGGAGAUGGGGAAUUGUAUUGAGCAUUUUGUAGAGAAGUUGGAGAGGCUUGAGGGGAUGAUGAAGACUGAGACUGGGAGGGGGAUGGCGAGGGUAAGGACGGAGAGGUUGGGGGUUUUCAGGGGGUGGUGGGAGGAGGAGAUGGGGGUUGCUACUGCUUCUGUCUAA